AUGACGCAUGUUAGAGGAUCGGGCUCCCUCACCUUUGUCCCCUUUCCCCACCCACACGGCGCCGCGGCUGACCUCCACCUUGCUGGCUGGCCGCCGUCUCUCUGCGCGCCCAGCUCCAGCCCCCGCCCCCGCCCCCGCCUUGCCUCUCCGCGCUCUCCCUGGCCACCGCGCCGUCCACGCCGACUCGCCCCACGACGACCACCGCGCCGUCGCUCCCCCCUCAUCUUGAAUGCCGGCGUGGUGGCGCGCCACCGGGAGCUGCGCCUCCAGCCACCAAGAUGGUCACCCGGAUCGAUUCACCUCCAGCGAGAAGCCGGGAAGCAGGGGAGCGCCACCCACCACGCAGCAGCAGCAGCAGCAGCAGAUGAAUUUCCACUUAGGAUUAGUCGGGCUGGAUUUCAACAAGCCACUACUCCAAUUUUAUUAAGCCAGUACCCCAAUUCCAAGAUGAUCCAGUAUACUGAAAAACACCAAGUGGAAAUUGCAUGGCUGUUUGACUUAGCAUGCCCGGAUGUUGCCAAGAGGCAAGGAUUGUUCGAAGCAACACCAACACAUUUUAUUCUUCAUGACAUGCACAUACAUGCCAACAUGCCUGAUUACCAACGCUACUGCAUCACCAUUGCUUCAGUGUGUAGCCUCAUCUCUGAGUACGAGGUGAUCCACACCUAUUGUUUACUUGACAUUAUUGGUCACAGGUCUUUGUUGGCUGCUUUCUUGGCAUUGCCGUGGGAUCCUGGACAGCAAACAAAUGCUGGUACCAAAUACCUCUCAGUUGUUCAUGGACUUCAGUUGAGUUGAAAGCCUGGUCUCCAUCGUCGCGGCAUGUUCCUGGUCAACAUUACAUGUGGCUGAUGAUUUGGGGGAUAACUGACGACAGACCUAUUACUGCAUGUUCGGUUAUGCUACAGACCACUGAAUUUUGUUCCACAGAAGUGAGCUCAUGGAAGAUAUCUGGUUUCAAUAUCAUUAUCAGUAUCCAAGCUGACUACUGCUAUGCGUGCUCUGUUCCUGACAAUACAUAUCUGCAAUCCAUGGCCGAGUGCUCUCCUGCUGAGAUAUGCUGACUUGGGUUCCAGGUGACAGUGUAUGGAUUCCUGUUGCAUAUGUUGUUGUUACCGAUGGCGUAUGGACCGUCAAGUGCUUCUGGGUGUUCCUCGUUGUUCCACAGGCAUUUCAGUUCCUUGCUUAUGUUGCCAUAUGGAGAUCCUGCAGUGUGGAGUUUUGUCAAGGCAAGUUGUCAGGGGAUCCAGGCAUCUGGGCCCUUCUCUAUUUCUUCGGACUUUUCACUCAAGCUGAAGUAUAUAAUAGGAAGGAGGAAUGUUGUAGCUCCAACCUACUAUCACGGCCACUGCCUCAACCAUGCUCUGACAACGUCUCUGUCAACCAACACUAUUACCUCAAUGCUUUCUGUGACCAAGUGAACAUCAGCGACGACUACUUCCUUGAGCAAGUCGGCGUCGUUUGCUACCUCAACCUCGCCAAGUUCCGCCUCAACUACGGCACCCACCGGCCACCGCCACCUUGGCGAAGUCAUGAAGCACCAAGUACCAUGGGAUCCCUUUGGUUUCCACAUUGAGUCGGCUUGAGUGCAAGCCGAAAUUUAAGGAAGAGGGAAUGUCAGUGGCCUCACUCUCUGUAGCUGGGCCGUACAGAAGGGCGCCUCUUGGGCCCGGGCCUGCCAGCAAACUACUACAUGAGAUGAGUACAAAUAGAACAGAAAGGCAUCUGAAGACGGGGACAAACGGAAGGGCUUCGGCCUCAGCUUGGCGUGGUGUCGUCUUCUCCGCUUUCCCGUUCCUGUACUGCUCGUCUUCCUCCCCUAUCCCCUCCAUGAAUUCCAUUAGUUAGCUUCCAAUUCCUCCAUCAAUGGCUUGCAACCUUUGAAUCAUAGCUGGAUUGUUAACAUUUACCCUGAUUCUUCAGUUCAGUUAAGUUGAGACACCCAAUUCCUCUGUCCCUCAUCUGAAAUCUCUUCUUCAGUUAAGUUGAGACACCCAAUUCAUCUGUCCCUCUUCUUAAAUCUCUUCUUCAGUUAAGUUGAGACACCCAAUUCCUCUGUCCCUCAUCUGAAAUCAAUUCUUCAGUUAGCUUGAGACAGAGUUGUUUGCUUCCCCCGUCCCGCAACGGCAGCCGCAACAUCAGGUUCAACAGUAUCAUCAGUUUCGCAUAAUUUCUUGAAAAAAAAAAUCUGUUGCCAUUUCCUCAAUCUGCUUCUUUUCCUGAACCAAGUUCCCCUCUGCAUCUUUUCGUUUCCCUGAUCUUAUUUUUCCUCUGUCGACAUGCGGCUUUUCGUUGAAAAUACAUAUGGUGAUUUGUUCCCCCUCUCUGAUAGUAGUGACUCGAGCGCGUUGGCGCCAUAGCAUCUUCUCUUCUCUGUACAGAUAUUCAUCCAACUCAUUUGAGCUCUGAAUCAGACUUGUGCCUUAGCUUCUGAGUUCUGAACUCUGAACCAGGUUUUUUUUUCUACUUCAGUUCAGUUUAGUUGGGACACCCAAUUCCUCUGCUCCUCGUCUGAACUUUCUUCUUCAGUUAACUUGAGACAGAGACCGAUAGAGAUCGAAUUUCCCGCAGCGGCAACCGCAACCGCUACCGCAGCCGCCUCUGAAGGAAAGAGGGCUUGCUGAGCCUCCCCUGUUGUGGCGUCUCCCCUGUUCCUCCCUUCAAAUACCCCCCCUCCCGCCCCAACCAACAAACGCAACGGCCCCAACCAACAAACGCAAUCCCCCUCCCACCGUCGCAAGAAAUCCGAGGCAACUCACCCCGUCCCAAGAAAUUCUAGCCAAGAAACCGGAAGCAAUCUCUGUCCGCCUCCAAUGGCCCAAGACGGGCAGAGGGCACGGAGAUCGUCUAUAUACGGGACAAAUUACGGUACAAAAUCUUCCCUUCCACCAGCCAAUUAUGUUUUGCUCCGAUCCGUACAUCGUCCAUCAAUAAAGGAGUUGCCUCCUCCUCUGUAACGUCCAACUUCUCCAUCGCCUCCGCCAUCUUCACUAUCACCGAGCUGGACGAGCCAGCCUUCUUCGAGCCAAUGCGGGAGGAGGGCCGAUCCAUCCCUUGCCCUUCGAUCUAGCGCUCCCCUGUCGAGAUCAGCGAGCGCCGAUGAGUCCCCUCGAUUCUCUAACAUUCGGAGGAAAGUCGGGUAAGCUACAGUAACCUGACUUUCCUCCACUCUUAGCCCAUGAACAAUGCUCAUUUCAACUUUGAAAAGACCAAUUUCAAUUUUUAAAAUAUCAAUUUCAAUUUUAGAAGACUCAUUUUAAUUUAAUUAAAAAAAACUCAUUUCACCUUUUUCAAAAAAAGUCAAUUUCAAUUCAUAAGCUCCCUUGACUUGGCUCAUUUCACUUUUUUACACAAGAAGAACACUGUAGCAUGUUAGAGGAUCGGGCUCCCUCACCUUGUCCCCUUUCCCCACCCCACACGGCGCCGCGGCUGACCUCCACCUUGCUGGCUGGCCGC